CCGCCUUCUCUCCCACUCGGCUGGCCCGCGAGGAAGUCGCAAGAUGGCUGCUGUCGCUUGGAAGUGAGCUUCUCCUCCGCAACAUGGAGCCGUGAGCCCGGACGACAGCGAGGGAGGCACCAUCGGGCUUUUCGCGUUCUCUUCUUUUACUUUAUUUUCUUUUAAUCCGUCAAACAUCCACCCCAUUCCGCGUCGGAUCCGCCCCGGACUUGUGUCGGGAGUUGACGCGUCAAAAUCACGCCGGGGACCCUUGCCAGCAGCUAGCCGCACGCACGCAGCUCACACACUCACACAACCCAGAUGCGCGCGCACUCGCUCGCUCGCUCGCUCGCGUGCACACAUACGUACACACUUGGCAAAUACAACACGCCGCGAGUUUUAUUGCGCAUCGUCUUUCAGAGCUGGUCACUCAAAUGCGGAAUUUGAACCCGCUUUCGAGCUGACGGCGUGGCCAAUAUUGUCGCUGUCAGUUGAAAGAGUCGCGCUAGCCGCUCGCUUCAAUAUGUCCGCGAAGUGUCCGUCCAGCCCCGCUAACUAGUGCGCAGUCUCGCGUUCGUUGCACGCGUGAGCAUUUCUCCACGUAUUGUGUCGACAUCGGACACUUUUGGGACACGACCCGACGAGCGACCGCGUCCGAGAGAGCUGGCGAUGGUGCGUUUGGAGCGAGCCCGAAACUGACAACUCCUCGUAGCUCCACCGGCCUUGUGGCUCUCUCGGCAAAACCCACAGAGAUGGUGGACGCGGCGCUGCCAACGAGCGCCUAAAAAAAAUCGGAAAAGCGUAAUUGUUUGGUCGUGCGGAGGGGGGGUUGACGAAAGUCGUCAAGCACAAUCGGGCGGCGAUCGCGCAUGAUCGGUCGCCUGACUCGUUGGGGUGUCGCCAAAGCGGACCACUUGUCACUCAGUGUUUGGGCAGACGGUUAGCUCGCAGUUAGCUAGCUCGUCUCGCCCCUCGCCCCGUUCCAACCACGGCGUACCGAACGUAUUCCGAGCCCGCUCCCGGACACACGCACCGGCUCAACACCACCGUCAUGGGCGUGCAGGGCUUCCAGGAGUAUCUGGAGAAGCGCUGCCCCGGCGCCGCGGUGCCCGUGGACCUGCUCAAGCUCGCCCGGACCGCGGCCCGCCAGCCCCCGCACCCCCACCCGCACCCGCACCAUCAUCCGCACCACCCUCACCACCCGGGGCCCAUGCCUCCCCCGCCCCCGCCCGCCAGGAUCUUGGUGGACGCCGACUCCGGCCUGCAGCGCCUCUACGGCGGCUACCAGACGGACUGGGUGUGCGGCGGCCAGUGGAACGCCAUGCUGGGCUACCUGGCCGCCCUGUCGCAGGCCUGCCUCUUCCAGGGCGGCCUGGAGCUGGUGGUGGUCUUCAACGGCACGCUGGGCAAGGAGCGCUGGCCGGAGUGGGCGCGGCGAGCUCAGGGCCAGCGACAGACGGCGCAGCUCAUCGUCAACCACGUCGGCGGCAAGGCGACCCCGCCUCCCCGGGCUUGGUUCCUGCCCCCGGCCUGUCUCAGCCACUGCGUCCGCCUCGCCAUGUUCCGCUUCCGAGUGCGGGUUGUGCAGACUUUGGAGGAUCAUCACCAGGAAGUGCUGUCCCUCUACAGGGACUACGGAUUCUGCGGCCUGAUCGCUCAGGAUUCGGAGUUUGCGCUGUGCAACGUGCCCGCCUAUUUCUCCUCGCACGCCCUCAAGCUGAGCUGGAACGGCAAAAACCUGACCACGCACCAGUACCUGCUGUCCGAAGCCGCCAGGCAGCUGGGGCUCAAGACUCAGCACCUGCCCUGCUUUGCUGCUCUGCUGGGAAAUCAUAUUCUGCCUGAUGAAGACCUGGCUGCCUUCCACUGGAGCCUGCUGGGACCAGAACACCCACUAGCAUCCCUCAAGGUGCGAGCCCAUCAGUUGGUGCUGCCGCCCUGCGAAGUGGUGAUCAAGGCCGUGUCCGAGUACGUCUCCUCCAUCAAAGACCUGGGCAACCUGGACGCCAUCGCCAGAGAUGUCUUCAAACAGUCACCGUCUCGGAUGGAGGACAAGGUUGAUCGCUUCAAGAAGGCCGUGGACUACUUCUCAGCGGCCUCCAAGCCGCGAUCGCCAAACGUGGGACCUCCCGCUUUCAUUCUACCUGGGUUUGGGCCCACUCCGUUUGGGGGACCAUCUUGCCACAUGGGACUGAUGCAUCCAGGAAAAAAUCAGUUCCCCCCUCCACAGGUGGCCGGCUUCAAACCGCCUUUUGCAAACGCUCCAUUUGGACCCGGCUCCGCCCCCCUGUUCCACAACCCGCCGCCGCCGUCGCAAGAGUGCAACGAUUCGCCCACAGCAAAGAUGGGCUUUUCCGAUUGGUCGGCGCCAUACGAUUCCUCUCAGGGCGGAGGGCGUUUGCCCAAUCACCACGCGGGCCCUCAGUCGGGCGCUUCUCCGUCACCUUCCUCGUCAUCGGAUGGAGACGAACCCAAUGACAACAAUGCAAACCAUUUGACAGACAAGUCAUCCCGAUGGGAGGACGCCGGCGGAAGGGAGCGCUCGGCCUCCGGAGACGCUUCCCAAGGCAACGGGAGCGGCUCGAGCAUUCCGUCGCUGCUUUCUAUGGCGACUCGCAGUCACAUGGACAUCACCACACCCCCUCUGCCUCAGGUUAGUGCCGAGGUGCUUCGUGUAGCUGAACACAGACACCGAAGGGGGCUGAUGUACCCGCAGAUUUACCACAUCUUGACCAAGGGAGAGAUGAAAAUGCCCGUUUGUAUCGAAGACGAGUGUAACGCCGAGCUGCCCCCCGCCUCCCUGCUUUUCCGCGCCGCCAGACAGUACGCCUACGGCGUCCUCUUCAGUUUGGCCGAAACGCAGCGGCGGCUGGAAAGACUCGCCCUGCGCAAGCGAGCUCCCUUGGAAGGUUGGGGCUGGGAUGGUCAAGUAUUCGGAGUUCCUCCGGUGAUCGUCAAAGAGUGGAGCAGCGGCAAAGCCAAGUCGGCUCUGACUCCGGAACUGAUCCCGGCGCUGUGCUUCCGGGAGUGGACCUGCCCCAACCUGCGCCGCCUGUGGUUGGGUCGCGCCAGCGAGGACCGCUCCAGGAGAACCCGGGCCUUCCUGGCCUGCCUGCGCUCCGACUGCCCGGCCCUCCUCAACCCGGCGCAGGUCCCGCAGCAUCUGCUGCUCAUGUGUUGCGUGCUCAGGUAUAUGAUGCAGUGGCCUGGAGGAAGGAUCCUUCAGAGGAAUGAGCUGGAUGCCUUCUUGGCCCAGGCCGUUUCCAACCAGCUCUACGAACCCGACCAGCUGCAGGAGCUGAAGGUGGAGAAGGUGGACGCCCGCGGCGUGCAGCUGGCUGCUCUCUUCAUGGCCGGCGUGGACACGGCGCUCUUCAUCAACGACGUGUGCGGCCAGCCGCUGCCGUGGGAGCACUGCUGCCCGUGGGGCUUCUUUGACGGCAAACUGUUCCAGAGCAAGCUGGCCCGCGCCACCCGCGACCGCGCCGCCCUGCUCGACAUGUGCGAAGGCCAGGAGGAGCUGGUAUCCAAAGUGGAGAAGAUGCGUCAGGCCAUCCUGGAGGGCAUCAAUCUGUCUCGCCCCCCUCCUCCCCCUCCCCCUCUGCCGCCCCCUGCCUUCUUGCCGCCCGCUAUGGUGCCGCCCUUCUACCCCAUGCCCCCCCUCUACCCGCCCCGCCCCAUGGGCGGCAUGCCUCCUCAUCAUCCGCACCACCCUGCCCAGCACAGACCCAGAGCCUUCCCAGGCAUCCAGUCGAUCCCCCCUCAGGGAGGAAAGUUGGAGAUUGCCGGCAUGGUUGUCGGCCAGUGGGCUGGGAACAAACCCAUCCGCAGCAGAGGCGGCUUCAACAUGCAGGUGGUUUCGGUCGGAGCCGGCAAAGGGAGGGGUAAAGAGAUCCCGGCCAAGCUGAGGGGAGGCAAAAAAGGAAGCGGCAACAGAACGCAGACAUCGUCGCCCCCUCCGCCCAACAGUCCCCCCAAGCCCUCGGAGGAGGCGGGCUCGGCGCCGGAGGUCGCCGCUCGGCAGCUGAACGGCAGCUCGCCGGCCCCCCUGGCCCAGCCCAUCCAGUGUGCCUUAGCCAGCAGAGACAACCAAUCAGAGGGGGUGCAAGCCGAGGGCCCCCGUUGCCUUGACGACUGCCCGUCGGACGGAGCGUUACGGAAGGAGGAGUGACGGACGGCGUCCGCGGAGAGCGUUUGUGUUUGACUGCCUUUCCCCCCCCGUCUUUGUAGCCCCUCCCACCGACCGUCGCGUCAUCGCACGGAGCGGCCGCGAGCGCGUCCGCCGCUCCGUGCGAUGCGUCCCAACGGUUGGCCCAUUUUUAGUUUUCUCAUGUCGUUUUAUAUCGUUGGGGUUUUGGGUUUUUUUGAGAGAAAGAGAGAGCGAGAUCUUCUCCAUGAGCCUGUAAGCACCCCGCCCCUCCAAAGAUGCCCCCCCACCCCCCUCCCGCACACAAACUCCAAGAAGUUCUGCCCCCAUUGCCGCCACGUAAGCGGGCCCCUCCUCCAGUACGGCCCAGCGCUGUACUUUGUCGGCACGCGCGGGUUGGAUGCGGUUUCCACGGUUACGGCCCGCCAGCCCGCUCGCUCCGCGGGCUAGCGCGCGUGUCGCCGCGUUUUGCCAUCGCGGUCUCGUGUGAGGUUUGACUUCCGGGAGACGUCGGGCCAUCGGCGGCUUCCAACGCAAUCAAGUGACCGACGGCGCCGCUAAAAUCGUCCGCCGCGAUAUUAGGAGGCUCUUCUACUUUGAGCCGUGUAGCGGAGCCCUUGCGCAAAGAAAUCCCACCAAUUUACGCACCUUAAAGUAUGCGAGGUUUGACCCCGCCCCUCCCCCCAAAAGUGCAUUAUAUGAAAUCCCCCCUGGCCCUCCCGCCCCUUCCUUCCUCCCGAAAGCUUUGAUUGUACUGUCCCAACACAAGCACUUGAUGUUGUAUUUAAAUGUAAAACGUUUUUUUUUCUGAAGAAAAAAAACAAGCCCAAACAACAACAACAACAACAACAACAACGACGACAACAGAAGCCCCUGCGAGCGAUGAAUUGACCGUUUGCGGGGUGCGCGCAUCUCGGUCAAUGUUCAUGAUGAACAGAGAACUCCGUUUAAAGCUAGAGAUCUAUUUGCCAGACGUCAGAAUGUGCGCAGAGUGGUUCCACUUUGUUUUCGAGAUGUAAAACCACACCGGCCGAUCGUCCGCCAGGUGAUGGACGAGUCAAACACCUUGAAGCACCUUUUGAGACUUCCAGGCCCCAAAUAAAAUAAGACUGCCGCCAAGCAGACCCCGCAAAGUGGCCCCAAACGUUCGCUCAAGAACUUUUGAAGGACGCCCGAUUUUUGGUUGUCCGGUCCAAAGUGUAUCUGAACACCGGCGAUGGAAAAAGGGGUGCGCCGGCGUAGCCCGAACGAUCCUCGGGCGGCCGUCGAGAAGCGCCGACGGCUCCGGCGCGUGUCACUUUAGACCAAUAGAAUGCACUUUUCCCGCCCGACGGGAGCGAGGCCGAGGCCGAGUAGACGACGCUCGGCAACCGUUUGCUUCCGGCACUUAGCUUGGGAUAGAAGCCGACGUCCCGCGCCGGAAAUACACGUCACCUUGACGCAAGUGCGGCUUUGAAAGCCGAGCGGCGUGCGCGCGCGUCGCAGACUCGACUCGCAAAGGAGAGUCGACAAAAGAAAGCACCUUAUUUUCAGACGACGUCGAUGACUUGAGCGAGCUCUUUCGCGCGACACGGAUAAAUGGCAAACGGAACGAUGAGUGUGUGUGUGAAGCGUCAAUAUCGUCGCGUCAGACAUCCCCCCCUCGUUAGCAACGCAACCAUUACAUUAGCCGCGAGCGGACGGCCCGCCGGGGCCGCGCUCGCCCUCGCCUCUCGGACGCCAAACGAAAGGAAAUGAUCGGACGCUCGGACCGGCGCCGUACCUUUUCAGAGUCAUUGGAUUUAAACAGCCGUGAAGAGAUCGCGGCUAGACUCGAGAAUAUCGCUCCGCGGGCCAAGAGCGCCCGACGGCCAGACUUCUCGGGAGCCGCGGAGUACUUAACCGCUUUCAACUAUUUUGACAUGAGGACACGUAUUGCUAUAGUACGUGUUCGAGGACAGCGUUCCCGUCACGGGUCAGAGCGUGAUCUGCUAUACGAUGCCCUCUACCCAUUUGCUCGCCACUUGUGCGCAUACACACACACACACACACACACACUGGACAAAGAGAUAUUCAGUUGCGUUUGUUACCAGCAGCAUUCUCUCUGCGUUUGUGCCGACGUGAUAUAUUUGUGCAGUUUCAGUUGCCAGUGGCGUGCUCGUCAGUUCAUUGGAGAUCAUUUGGUAACACAUUCGACUGACUCGCAAUCCCGACACACAUGAAAAAUACACUUUCCAAGUUUCCGGGUAGGCACACGCAUGCACAAACACACACACACACGCGUAGAUGUUAAACCACCCGAGUUACACAGUAGCUAGUAUGCUUCAAACGGCGACGCAACACAUCACGUAGUUCUCCCUCUUUGGUCCCUGUAUGUUUUCGUUCAAUAGGGAGUUCAUGAGUGAUUUAGGAUGAUUAUUUUUCUUACGCUUGCUAAUUCAACCACCCUUCCUUCCCCCGCCUUGACACGGCGCCUCCUCUACCGACAGUUUUCUUUUGCUGUGCUCUGCUCGUUAUCUUCCUUAGCACACACAAACACACUCACACACACACACACACACACACGUUUUGGUCCCCACAAAGCAACAAGACGACUUAAUAAGGCUUGGGCUCUCCAAUUUCAUGUCGUGUAUAAGUGCAAGUGUUCACAGCCUUAAACGUAGGACCUUUGGACCAUUUUUCCAAAUAUUUUUACGUCAUUGUCUUAUGGAGUAAGCGUCGUUCGGCUUGAUAAUACGGUACUUCCAAAUUUCAAAUUCUUGCAAGACACAAAUGUGCUCACAUUCAGUUUGAAAAUACUCUGUAACACCUCCAUGGUGAAAACCCUCCCAUUCAAGCAAGGUUGUUCAUGGAGCUGUUUUGCCUCAUAGCUAGUCAGCGAUUGCUUUGCGGGGAUCAUGUUGUCACUUGUGGCAGUUUUCUAGUUCACACACACCCCCACACACACACACCUAAUGAUAUAAAGUGUUUCUGAAUUUCUCCGUUUUUCCCCCCUCCCCACGCCUCCUCGCUUGUCCUGUAGCCCUAGGAUGAUUUGUAUCGGCCGCUUUUCUCUCUAGGCUGCCCCGCCCCCUUAAUCAACCCGACUAACAGUAAAGGUUAUAUUAACGUUAAUAAUCAGUUUCUGUAUGUAUCUAGCCAGAGUUCAGAAAAAAAAUCUGAAAAAAAUUCUGUUGUGCAAAUGUGUUUUUCUUACUCUUUUAAUGUUAUCGCAUCUUCUAAUCCUUCUACCAUUGCUUCAGUUAGUACUGAAAUUCGCUUAGCCAACCUAGAGAUUUGAACUGUAAUCAUUGCGAUUUUCCUCACCUUUUUAUGGCAUCUUUAGACACUCUCACCAUUCAUGUACGUAAGUAACUAUUGCCCGUUACCGAUUGACAACCAUCGUCUGCACUGUUGAUUUUCAUAAUAUCCCCGAUGAUAAUUUUGUGGUCGAUCCAAGCUGAACUCUGCACCCUUGCACAAAGCAGCGGAACGUCUCACUUGAGAGCCAAAGUACACCUAGUGUCCCCCCCACCCCGAGCCCACGUAGUCUAUCCCCACCUCCUGCAAACGUUGACAGCUUGCCCCGAGUUUACAGACAAGGUUGUGAGGUCAGGGCGGCUGUAGGCCUCGGUUGUCUUGGAGACACAAACAGGCAGGGAAGUGUGAACAGCGAGCGCCUCCAGGUCCAUUUGCUCAUUCCGCACGGACGUGCCAACCACUGCGCACGCGCGUCAAGAAACGACGCUCGACAAUCAGUCGGCUUGUUUGUGUCCUCCUUUCUCUCCCCUGGGAUGUUUUUUUUUUGGGGGGGGGGGUGGCGGCCAAUUGAAGUGCAUUUCAUGUCAAUUUGUUUCCACUCGUCACCAGCUGUUUUAGAGUGGAAAGCCCUGCCUAAGAUUGCAGAGGCCAUUUUAUACUCGUCAAUUUUUACAUUUUGUAGGUUGAAAAAAAAGGAGUUGUUUUACCAAUUGGGGAAUAGAUUGGGCGUUAUCAGGUUAAAUGGCAAAUGGUAUUGUUUCAACAUUC